CAGGGGGGAAAGCUUCCGCCACACUCUUCACAAGCCUCUCUCCAUAUUCAGCAUUGAUCGCGUCUGUUUAUCCUCUCUCGCGUUGCCAGAAAAGCCAUGGCUGUGGACCAUAUCAUUGACCCCUACGGGGAUGUCGUCCUCGUCAUCGCCAACCUCAACGCUCCGACUGCAGACGUGUGUGACCGUCCAUGCGCCGCAGCCACCGCUCCAACGCUCCGUCGAGCACCAACCGAUCCCAUCGCCGAACGCCCCAAAAAGCGAGCACGAACAUCGGGAAAGAAGCCCGCAUCAACCGGGGAGCCCACAAGCUCGAAAGUUAAGAAUUCCACCACCCAAAAGCCAAGGGCGAACGGCCAGGAGCCAGAACCGACACCGACACCGGACUCAGGUCCAAAGGAGAUUCGCAUCCAGGUCUCUGGGAAGCAACUAUCUCUUGCCUCGUCACUAUUCGCUCAGAUGGUCCAAGCGUCCGUGAAGAAGAAGCAGGCCCAGAAAGGGAGGAUCGAAGUCAAUCUCGUCGGCUGGGAUCUUAAUGCACUCUUAAUCGUCCUUUACAUCAUCCAUGAACAACACGACAAGGUUCCACGGCGUCUGGGGAUCCAGAUUCUCGCUAAAGUCGCUCUCAUCGCUACAUACUACGGGUGCGCUUGUGUGCUCCCGUAUGGUGACAUAUGGCACGAAUCGCUCAAGAACGACGCACUGCCAGAUUCCUACGGUAAUGAACUCUGUCUGUUGCUUUGGGUAUCUAACUACUUUCGCUGGGUGGGGUGCUUCAAUGCGUGUUGUCUGAUAUUCGUCGAUAGUAACCCGUCUGUUAUCACUUUCCCUGGUUUCCCUGUUCUGGAACAGACAAUUGACGCGAUGAACAAAGCCCGAGAAAGCACACUCCACAAACUCAUAACACACAUUUACGGAAUCCGAGACCGAGUGAUCUACGACGCCGGAAUCCUACGCGACAUUUGCCGCCGCGAGUGCUGUCUGCACAUCCUCCGGUCCCUCGCGACGGCGAUGCACUCCCUCAACCUGAACUAUGUUCAGCCAAAAGAACCCUAUCACGGAAUCAGCUGCAGGGACGUCAAGGGAUUGCUACGAGACCAGAGCUCGUCUUGGUUGAGUCGCAAGGCUAGAUUACAUCGACUCGUCGCCGCCUAUUGUGUCGGUGAGCACGCGACCCUAGCAUGA